AUGGAUUUGCAGAGUCGGCAGUAUAGCACUGACACCCAGGAGGAGAUCUCAAAGCAGUCUGAAUCGGAUCCCCUGGGUGCGACGAACAAGGUGCAAAAAAUGCCGAAUAUUGGUACACCUGGCUACAAGAGCUUUGCUACAUCCGAAUACGGUGUUGUACACCCCGGCGAAAACUCAGCACACAACCAAGUGCCAUGGUUCGAUGAUGGCGAUUUCCCGUUUAUGCAGCCCAAAGGUGCCGAUCGUGAUUCCAACGGCGGCCUUACCUCUGUUCCCCACUCGACGCAUGGCUUUGUUCUUAAAGAUGACCUGAAGCUCAAGGGUGAUGCAGUUCAGCCCUACUAUAUAACGGAAGAUUACGAUGCCGAUUCUGUAAAGCGUGCCGUGAUUGUGUUCCCUGGUAUGCCUCGCGAUGCGUGGAAGUGGGCGACAUUGAUGCAGAAUGCGUUCCACUACGUUUAUGCGAAAGGCAAGUAUGGAAUGAAGAAGAAGGACACGAUCAUUCUUUCGCCUCUGGCUCUUAACGAAGAUGAUCAGACCGCUGGUGCUGUAACGAACAAGAAUUGGGCAGUGUAUCGGGGCUCGAAUUGGGAAGCCGGUGGCGCUUCCAUUGCGCCUUCGGGGGAUGAUGGUGUGUCUUUCUACACUAUGGUUGACAAAAUGAUCGACAUGCUGCUUGACAAAGAUACUUUCCCUAAUCUGGACAAGGUUGUUUUGGUUGGACACUCGAUGGGCGCUCAGGCCGUGCAACACUACUCUGUCCUUCGCCAGAAGAAUGAUGAUCAAGAGGAUUCGUUGUUGUGGUGGAUUGGCAACCCUGGCUCUUGGACUUGGCUGAACGGCGGCCGUCCGACGUACUGGCCUAACUGUCAAAGCCAGAUGGACUUGUGGCCAUAUGGCUUGGACAAAUCCGGUCGUAUUAGCUACAACAAAGAUACGAGCAAAGACGAUCUCGUGUCUACGUUCCGUGGCCGUACUGUUCAAUUCGCAUUGGGUCUGGCUGACAAUGGUGCGGGCAACACGCAUUGUCAAGCAUACUAUCAGGGUGCCAACCAUCUGGACCGUGGCUCACACUUUAUUCAAAGUGUAGCUGGUAUGAGUGGCGGCUUCCCAAGCAACUUUGAGGUCAACUAUGUCGCAGGUGUAGCUCAUCAAGACUAUCCCAUGUUUGCCUCCUUCCGUUCAUUGGAUUUCAUUUUUGGCAAGGACUUUUAA